UCAAGCCCGUUGUGAGCCAGGGGUCAUGGCGAUGCUGCGGUGGUUCCUUUUUCUGACAGGCACCUGGGCACAGCAGAGCUUCUCUGGUGUAUGGCACUUGAUCGAUGUGCCCUCAGUGGUUUGUCCAGGCCGUCAAGGCUAUGCCACAAUCACCAUUGCAAAGCCGACGACUGCUGAGUAUGAGCCACAUAUUUUGACGGUCUUCCGUACUGCAAAGAAUCCGGUCGAACUGAGCUUCCUGGCCAAAGACAGCAAUGACAUCGUGGCGGAUCAAAGGACGCCAGUGACAUUGCAAGGACAUGCACGGAGGCUUCAGAUAAACCAGACAAGCCAGCUCCAGCUGGCGCCGGGAAAUGGUACCCAAAAGGCCCCAGCUAAUGCUGCUAAUGGCACGUUUUGGAGCCACUGUACUGGCAAAGACUGUCCGGAAGGAAGACUCAGAAGACUCUAUUCAAUGCGACGGCGCAUGUCCAGUUCCAUCAGGAGGCGAAACGGUGGUAUCAAACCGAUCAACAUCAAUCCGAUGUCCUGGUUCUCCCCUCGAAGAAGGCGAGCUCUUCCCGGUGCUGCCGGUGGUGCGGCUGUGGCCACAGGUGCUGGUCUGGUCGGUGCCCGACGAAGAGGGACAGCACCAGUUGCGCCAGCACCUGGCACAGUGAUGCCUGCGAAUCCCUAUGAUACAACUGGCACAGGAGCUUCUUAUUCCUCGGUGCGCAGGAGGAUAAGCACUAUGGGGACAACCAAAAGCUUUCACCGGAGGCGCUCAUAUCAAGGAGGAUAUGGAGGUUCCUACUCAAAUCCCUAUAGCUCAUACAGUGCUCCAUACGGCUAUCCCAGCUCUAAUUGGGCAUAUCAGAGUUUUGGAGGCCAUAUGCCCACGGCGACACCCUAUGGAUACACCGGAGCCAAUGCAUAUUCAAGCAGCAGCGGCCUGCCCAUUGCAUUGGCAGCUGGUGCUGGGUUGCUGGUCGGUUCUGCCAUGGGACACCACUCCGGACACUAUGGACACUAUUGGCAUGGUUACAGCCAGGAUGACAUGUACAAGAUGCAAUGCGCAUCUGGAGGUUGGACUGGAGGAUGCCAAUCUUGUGUUUCGAGUUACGGAGCUUCGUCUUGCAAUGUCCUGUUGUCCCCACAGCUCGACGCAGCGCGCGACGAUUUGAUGUCAACGGGCUUCAUUCCUUCGCAAAUUUCAUGGCCAUUGGUGGUGAAUGUGACUCAUGUGGCAGGUGAUGAUUUUAGACCGUCAGCCAUUUGCCCACCUCAAGACCCAGAUGCGAAAAGCGCGUGGACGCCGCCUCCGAUGAAGGAACUCUUCAUUUCGCUCUCUGCCCUGCCAAGCCCCCCGCAGCCUGGAAUGCUGGGCAGCGGUCCCGGCUACGGUUAUGGGAACGGCAUGACCAACCAGGGAGGAUCACCUGUGAUCUCCAACUUGGUACUGCUUUGUUCCUGCCUUGGUUGCUGCUAUCUUGUGGAACGCUGCCGGAAGAUGUUCGACGGCCCCUCUUCAGGGCACCUGUAUACUGGCGUCCUACCUCCACAGGGCUUCUCCGGCCAUCCAGGCCAUGCGCCGGGCCAACAUUUCCACCAGGAUGCUGCAUCGGGCCAGAUCGUGCAGGGGCAGGUGGUGAACGAUGGUUCCAAUCCUUAUUGGUGACUGAGAUCGAGCUUGCCUCGGAGCUUGAUGAAGCCUCCAUUAAAUGGCAAACUGCUGGAUUCCCCAGUAAAACUGGGAAAAGGAGCUCAGGUGUGUCAAAAGUAUACACCUGGGAGAGCUUUCCUUUUGGAAAGCUCAGUGUCAAAGUUACCAGCUACAAGAAUGACAAAGCAAGAGUGUUUGACGACUGGAAA